AUGUCAUUGUUAUUCGAGAAGAGAGACAUUAAGGGCGUCAUCGAUGGAACAAUCGUAAAGCCGGAAGAAACGCAACUCGAGGCAUAUAAACUGUGGCGCAAGAAGGACAGCGAUGCACGGUACUAUAUUACGUCAACGAUCGACAAGCGUUUCACGAAGCACAUUCUCCACUGCAAAACAGCUACGGAAAUGUGGGAAAAGAUCUGCAAUAUCUUCGAAAGAAAGUCAGCGGCUCAGGUAACAAUGUUGCAAAGAAAACUUCAUAACCUUAAACUCGGUUCUGAUGAAAAGGUAAGCGACUAUGUAGCAGAGGCUCGUAAUUUAACAGCACAACUCGAAUGUGCAGGCGAUAGAGGUGUUUCAGAUGACAUGCUGCAAACCAUAAUUAUCGAAGGGCUACCACCUGUAAAAUACAGUGGUUUUCUGUUCGGCUGGAAUAGUAAACCGAAGGCAGACAAAACGUUACUUAACCUAGAAACGGAAUUGAUAGCAACAGAAGAAUUCAUAUCCAAUCAGGACGAGGAAGUUACAGCAAUGACAGCGGCGUCAACACAUAAAGGUAAAGUACAGAAAAGAUCUACAGAAAAAGCUUUCAAAAGAAAAUUUGAAGGUCAAUGCUUCUAUUGUAAGAAAGUAGGACACAAAAAGUUGGAAUGUGGAUUUAAAAAUGAAAGGACGAAAAAUGAGACGAAGAAACCAGAUACAUAUAGCAAGAAUACAAAGACUAGAGGGACAGAUAAAGAGCAAGAUGAAACUGAAGACGCAGUAUUACUUGCACGGACUCAUGUAACCGAAGCAGGGAGUGAGCAAGUCUGGCUGGCUGACAGCGGAGCAUCUUAUCACUUGACCGAUCAUUGUUCGAGAACAUGA